AUGGCUGAUACUCUCGACCCUCGAAUGACUUCCGUCCAGCCACGCAUCCGCUACAAUACAAUCGGAGGCAUCAACGGCCCUCUAGUUUUCCUCGACAAUGUUAAAUUCCCCACCUACAACGAGAUUGUCUCCCUGACCCUUCCUGAUGGAACCGAGCGGUCGGGUCAGGUCUUGGAAGCUCGAGGAAACCGAGCUAUCGUCCAGGUGUUUGAGGGUACUUCAGGUAUCGAUGUCAAGAAGACCAAAGUCGAGUUCACCAACCAUAGCUUAAAGCUGGGUGUCUCUGAGGACAUGCUCGGUCGUGUCUUCGAUGGUUCCGGUCGUGCUAUUGACAAGGGUCCUAAGGUGUUGGCGGAAGAUUACCUCGAUAUCAACGGUCAGCCUAUUAACCCGUACUCGAGAGUGUACCCGGAAGAAAUGAUUUCCACCGGUAUAUCCGCUAUCGAUACGAUGAACUCCAUUGCCCGUGGACAGAAGAUCCCCAUCUUCUCCGCCUCCGGUCUCCCACACAAUGAGAUUGCUGCUCAGAUUUGUCGUCAGGCUGGCCUGGUCAAGCGGCCGACUAAGGAUGUCCACGACGGUCACGAAGAUAACUUCUCCAUUGUCUUCGCUGCCAUGGGUGUUAACAUGGAAACUAGCCGUUUUUUCACACGCGAUUUCGAGGAGAACGGCAGUAUGGAACGAGUAACCCUCUUCCUGAACUUGGCGAAUGACCCAACAAUUGAGCGUAUCAUCACACCUCGUCUGGCAUUGACCACUGCUGAGUACUAUGCGUACCAACUGGAGAAGCACGUUUUGGUUAUCAUGACUGACCUGUCGGCCUACUGUGAUGCUCUUCGUGAAGUCUCAGCUGCUCGAGAAGAAGUCCCUGGUCGCCGUGGUUACCCUGGUUACAUGUACACUGACUUGUCAACCAUUUACGAACGUGCUGGACGAGUGCAAGGCCGAAACGGCUCGAUCACCCAGAUCCCUAUUUUGACCAUGCCUAACGACGAUAUUACACAUCCAAUCCCCGAUCUGACAGGAUAUAUCACUGAGGGCCAGAUUUUCAUCGAUCGUCAACUGUACAACAAGGGCAUCUACCCUCCGAUCAACGUCCUUCCCUCUCUCUCCCGUCUGAUGAAGUCCGCCAUUGGCAAAGGUCGUACUCGUGACGAUCACUCCGACGUGUCCAACCAGCUGUACGCCAAGUACGCUAUUGGACGAGAUGCUGCCGCCAUGAAAGCUGUCGUCGGAGAAGAAGCCCUUUCCUCCGAAGACAAGCUCUCUCUCGAGUUCCUGGAAAAGUUCGAACGUACCUUCAUCAACCAGUCCGCAUACGAGUCUCGCUCCAUCUUCGAAUCCCUCGACAUCGCCUGGAACCUCCUCCGCAUCUAUCCUCCCCACCUUCUCAAUCGUAUCCCCAAGCGUGUUCUCGACGAGUUUUAUGCUCGCUCAGGCCGCAAAAUCCCUAAUAAGGAUACCCGGGACAACUCGGUCCCUGAACAGGGACAGUCUCAAACUGCGGAUUUGAUCGAGACUUAGAUAAGUAGUCCUGACUAGUUGAUUGUGGCUGUGAUAUUAUCGAUCGAUAUCCUUCUCUUGCG